GCCGGGCUGCGGAGCGCUGCCCGUGCCGCUCCCUCGCCGGGCGGGCGCGGGGCCGCCCUUGACCGCGGGCAGGGAGAGCCGGGAGCAGCGCCCCGUCCUCGGGGCCCCGAGUGUCUGUCAGCGAGCUGCUCUUCGCCGGGUAGAAUUUUAUGAACAGAACCUUAUUUCCUGACUGGCUUCCAGAGGAUUCGUUCAUGCCUUAUUUUUUCUUAGGGCUAUCACUGGAUAUUGUUUUUCCCAAGAUUCAGAUGACUAGCUGGGCAAAAGACCUUGAGCAAAAUUCUGUACUGUGUGUGCCAGAUUUGUUGAGGAAUUGAUUUACUCACUGUAAGCAAAAUAGCUGCUCUUGGUUGAAGCACUGAAGUCUUAAGCUGUUUUUCCCACUGCAGGUGUGUGGAACAGCAUAUUUCUUGGUAUGUUUCUUCUCCAGCUAUUCCUCCAAGCUCUUCCUAUGCUAUCCAUUGAUGCCUUCCUAGCCUAAAUCACCUGCUAGAAUCUCUAAACAUGUGACUUAUGUGCCAUUUUAAUAUUAAUCUUCAUGUGAAUCCUACAUCUUUCUGUGUGUUUUUGUUUUUUUGUUGGGUUAUAAAUUGGCUAUUGUCAGAUCUGGCUCUUUGAGUAGAACUUGGGCUUUUCAUUUACACGCUGAAUAAUUCUUCCAUCUUUUUCUGGUUUACAGUCCUUACAUAAGGAAGAGGUGAAUGUGAAACCCUUAAAUUACUUAAUUGAAAUAGUUGUCUAUGAAAGAAGCUGCUUCAAAAAGCAGUUGUGAAAGCAUUCAAAUGGGUGGAUCUUGAAAGAUUUGGUGUUGCAUUCUCUGGUUAACAUGGUGUUUAUUUGAAGCACCGAUUUUUAACUCUCUUUUUUAAGAGAAGAGAGAAAAUACUCAAAACCACCAGGGGAUUUAUUAAAGUUGGCAUACUUUGAUUAAUGCAAUAAAAUUUAGUGUUUAAAAAUAAUCACAAAAGAGUGCAUUUGUGAAUAAAGCCACAUCUUAUCUGGAAUUAACCUUGAAAUCUGACAAACAGCCUUUCUUACCUAAGAAUACCCAAACCUACAUGGGUUGUGCUUUUACUGCUCUGCUUAAGGAAUGUCUAAUGGUGAUAAAAGCAGAUUUAGGGCUGUCCAGAGCACUUAGUUCCUGCUAAAGAUGGUAGAGAAUAACAUAAUGGUCUUAGCUGCCAAUUAAGAACACUUCUUUCCUCUGGUGUAAAAGUUGCCAGGGAUGUCGUUGAGAAUAAAACUUUGCUUUAAUGAACUUAGGAGUGUAAAACUUGAGGUUUGGUUUGCUCAGAACCUCAUUCUGUCCAUUCAGUUCCCUCUGUUGAAGUGAAUUCCCUUUCCCAAGUAGGUCACUUUGUUUAAAAGUUUAAGCCUCAGAUUUUGUUCUGGAAUAGUUUGUAAAUGUAUUGGUGUCUUAUCUAUCCAUAGAUGUUGUACGUGUUGGGCUUCAGUCUCACAUGUUAGGGAAUGCAGGAUUACAGUGGACCUGAAAUGGCUGAAGCCAUGGGUUUGGCCAUAAGGAAUGCCUCUUACUGCUGUAUUCUUUUAAUACAGCAACAAAUAAUUGCAAAAACUGAAAAUAAAAACUUAGUAAACUCAGAUGUUUUGUAAUUGUUGCCUUGAAUCUUUAGGCAGAUUGGGAAUGGAUGGCAUGGAGUGUCAACAUGUUACCAGUGGCUUGAAGGAAAUUUUGUCAGUAUUACGGCACUACCCAAGUGUCUGAUUUAUGUGACCAAAAUACAGUGCUUGGAAACGAAACCAAGAACUAGUAAAUAACAAAAGCUUGAAUAAUGGGUGGAUGCCUAAUUCAUUUUACAGAAGGAAUGGUAGACUCAUGUCAUCUAGAAAAAAAAAUGGGAUUUUCAGUAUCUACCUCAAGUGCAGGAACACUGCAUAUUUCUUCAUGGAGGAGUGUAUUUUUGUAACAUUAUUCAAAUGUAUUAGUAAAAUGUGCCUUAAUUCAUAAGUAAACAAAUACUGUGAAAUCUUUUAAACCAAAUGUAAAUUUCACAAGUGUAGAGGCUGCUAUUAAUAUUUUGGCUAUUCCUGUGGCAUCUUUUUGAUGUAUAAUAACUUGGAGAACAAGAAUGUGUUCUUAAUUAUAAUACCUCAUCAGUUCUGUUUACUGCUAAUUAUUUUACCAGAUUUAGAGAAGAGGGUAAGAUGAACGUCAUGAGGUUACUUGCAAAGUUCUUGGUCCAACCCAACGUAGGUGAACCUAGCAGGGAAAUAGCCCUGAAAUUGCUUUUGGCAGGUCCUGUGAGUGUCUGAGGCAGAGGGCUGACCCAAGUGGAAAGAGCGUUUGAAGGGUGACUCAUAUAUGUAACUAAAUUACCUUUUUUAGAGGUGGGGAAAGUUGAUGUCAGUAAUUGGAUUUCUAUAUGUUAAGCUUAUUAAAAAUAACUAAAAAUUAUUUUGAUGGUCUUAUUUAUGGGGUUUCCACUUUAUGCAUAUUAGUACUUCUGAGUGUUUGAUUGUGACAAUAAUGGACAACUUUGUGGUGGUUCUUUUCAUGUUUUGAUACUUCAGUCCAGGCAUUACCAUGAAAAAAUACUCAAAAUUUUAAUUUAUCUUCAAAUGCCUAAAUAGAUUUGAAAUGAGUUUAGUGGGAGCUGGGGAAAAAAAACCCCAAACCUAAAGCAGCCUCAAAACAGCUUAGUGUGAGGGAAAAACACCUUUGGAGAUAUUUAAUACAUUGUCUUAACUGAAGAUGAGUUGACUGUUUGAAAUUGAGCAUUUCUUUAAACUUGAAAGUUGUCUUUCUGAAAACGUGGAUGUCCUGGGGUUGAAUACUCGUGCAGCUAUGCACGUUUCACAGUGCAAAGUGAAAUUACCAGAUCCCAUAUUCCACUUCUAUGUGCAGUACUUACACAUUGUAUUUUAAACAAGGAAUUCUAUAGAACAGCAUAAAACAGGACACACGCGUACUUGAGAAAGUCAGACUGGGGCUUGUUGCACUGCUUCCAGUGCUCUUUGCUUUGCUGUAACUGAUUAUUUUGAGAUGAGACUGGGGAAGCUGGGAUGCUGAAGCAGAGACCACUAGAUGGCCCCACUGGUUUUUGUGGGUAAUUUUGGCAUCCCUUGUCAGAAUCUGCCCAGGGUUAUCAGGGGAGCAGAGUGGUGGUGAAGUUGGCUUUCAGACUAAAAUGAGAUUAAACCUAUACAUAUUCAGAAAUAAUAAAUUGAUGUUGGGGUGCAGAUACUCAAAAUCAUGAAGACCUUUUAAAACCCUUUUUGCAUGUCAGCCCUAUGGUCAGCAUUGGUUUCAAAAUGAUGUUCUUAACACUUAGUAACUUCCUGUACCUAAGUUUUGCAUGUGAGGAGGAGCAAAGUUUUACUUGAAGUAAAUUGAGCUUAUAUUUCUUGGAAGAAGAUAGGAAGAUGGGAACAUUGGGUUUGUAUUUAUCCAUGUGGAAUAUUGUUUGCUCUGUUUGGUUUGUCACUCACCUGUGGGCAUGAUUGCUGUUCCAUGAUGAGUACAGUUGGAAUAUGGCUCAGGAGCCUUGCUGAAGGCAGCUAGUGUGACUUGUGACCAUUUUCAUCUCAUUUCUGAUGUGUCCUUCCCCACCAGUAACUAAACCAGUCAUGCCAUUUGCUUGUGUGUUUGCUGUUGCACUGUACAUCUUUCAUGAGCUGGAAAACUGGGUUAAGAUGGUGGAAUGUCUUGUAUCCAGUCACCAUCUGUCUAUAAGAAACCAGUUAUCAUUGGUUUUGAUGCACCUGUGUCUUUGAAGAAAGGAGCUUGAGCAGCACUUAAAAAUUUUGGCUUGUUACAAGAACCUUGGUGUUCUACUAAGCAGUGGCAGCUUCAGGGGAUGGGCCAAUGAAAAUGGUUGCAAGAGCAAAUUUCUUAGAUUUCCCACCACAGAUUUUUCUAGUGGUUUAACACUGUGAAGAAAUUUCAGAUGGAAUUCAGGGAUCCUGAAAGGAUUCUUGGACUUCUAAUAAUUUCUCCCAUUUUUUAAUAUUUUGAUUAAACUUUCUAUUUUUGAUUCUUUACUUGAUUAUUUGACAUUAUCGCUGAUAAAAGUAGAUAUUGUGGACUGUGUAGCAUGGAAUGAAGCAUCAGUUACAUGUUUAAAUUAUCUUCAAGGUACAGUAGUUGAAUGUCUUAGUUUAAAAGCAAUGAUGUGUAUUCCAACAGCAUUUUUCUUCUAAUUUUUCAUAAAGAAUCCAUUCAGAUGAAGAGUGUCAAAAGGAGUCUACGAGUGAGACACCAGGAUGGCAGUUCCACUGGGGAUUGAGAGGUUGAGGAGUGGACUAAGGCAUGAGUGCUGGGAUGUCUGUCCAAGGAAAGGAUGUUAAAACGUGGACUCUCAUGUUAUUGAACCAGAGAAGAUCUGGGUUGUGAUCAUCCCAUCAAAAUGGACUUUGCAUUUGAAUUAAUCAGUGACUGUCCAAUGAUGGUCUGUCUGAGGACUGGGUGGCUAAAUUUUUUUUGGGUUGUGUUUGCAUGACAAAUUAAUUUGGUAAAAGAUCUGUUGCUACCCCUUUAGAGAAAAUGUAAUUUAUAAAGUGACUUAAAAUAAAAGGUUUUGAUUUAUUUCACACUUUGUGUUUGUCCUUUCUGGUUGAAUAUCUUUUAUUGUGUUGAUAUUGAAGUGGGUUACAUUUUUGGUUGUUAUUAAACUGAGAAAUACUUCAGCUAAGUACUGACGGCAAGGUAAAAUUUGUGCUAUACUUGAUAUUAAAUGUGGUUUUCAUUUGCAAAUUAUGUUCACUUUGCCAUGACUUCCAAUGAUUUUUUAUUCACUGGCUUGUUCAUUCAGGUGCUUAAUAGGGGUUUUCAGUACUUGGCCUAUUGUCAGGGCACUGCUGCUGAACUUUGAAGUUUUUUUAAGAUGGAAUUGAUACCAAUUGAAGGCUGAGAAAAUAAGACAAUAAAGGAGUACUUGAAUGUUUUGUGUAAGUUUUUUAGGUAUGUUCUUGGGUUGUGUGUGGGUACAGAAACUUUUCAACAGAUUUCCUGGACUACAGACUUCCUGAACAGUCUCUUUGGUCUUAAAAUUGUUCCGUGCAAGUGUCCAGUCUGCUUCACUGCUCUUGCAUGUAGCCUUAGUGUCACGAUACUGUGCCAUGUGUUUAGUGAGAAAAAAACUGAGUUAUUUUUGAUAUUGCUAUAGAUGACAUAUUAACCUUUGCAAAUGAAUUUUAAAAUGGUUCUAACAUUCGAAGUCAUGAUUUCCUUACAAGUUUCUAGUGGGUCUAAUAAUUUAACUGUAGGCAUUUCUUUUCUGUGUUUCACCUGAAACUCAAAGUUGUCUUUGUUUGAUGUUGGUGGGCUAUGAUGAUAAAUCUGGUGCUGAGAUAAUAUUGAAAUUAUCUUUGAAAACCCAAACAAAAUCCUGUUCAUUGUGUGUGUUGAACCAUUUGCCUUGCUCAGACCUAUUUGGAAAUACCCAUUUUUGCCAUGAUGAGCUGCUCAUACCUGUUCCAUCCAGCCAUUUUGGUGGUAAAUGCUUGCCCUAGUUUGGUUUUGCCGUGUGUUUUUUUUAUGGUGGAAUUGAAUACUGGGACCAACCUGAAGGAUUUCUCAUUCAAAUGAGUGGAUUUCCUUAGUGUUUCAAAAAAAAUGCUUGGAAUGGUCUUGCAUUGUGGUUUAGCUCUUGCAGUCGAGGUGCAAGGAGUCUUCUGUGGAUAACUGGUGAAGUGGAACUCUUUUAAAUGGCUUGUGGCAUUGGAGAGUUCCUGAUGAAAACCCCUUUGGAAAGAGGAUAGAUGGUUGUAGGAGAUAAUGGCAGGUGUGUGGAGAAGUUUAAGGGGAUGGUGUUGGUUCUACUGGUUGAAGCCAAUGGUUUUGGGCUGUUGGGAUGCUGUGCCAUGGAUGUUCCCAUAGAACCCCAAACUAGCCCAUUGCCCCUUUGUCCUCCAGUGGUCCCCCAGUGGCUGAUGGCUCUGUCUUGCGGUGCUUAUGAAUAUGCAGGAUGUCCUUGUGCUUUAAGGGGUUGAUUUUGGUCGUGAAAGACAACUGGUAGUCAGAAUCAAGCGGUCAGGGGAUCACCUGGAUCACCUCCAUUCCCUUGGUGAUAAAUCCUCUCAGUUCCAGGAUGUUGUGUUGAAGGUGUCCAGUGAUUGAUUUGCAGUUCUGCAGCUUGGCUAUUGUGCAGCUUUAAAAUUAAUUUGUUGUGUUAAAAUCUGUUAAUGACCAUGAAUGGGUUAAGAAAGUGCAUUAGAAAUAAGCAAUUUGAUGGUGUUGGAGUGACUUGACCGUAGUGCCUUGGUGUGUAGCUGAUGGAAAUGGUUUGGCUGUUGGAUUGGAGUUGUUGGGGAAACCACUAGGGAGGCGCUGUGGAGCUGCAGGGCAAUCUCAGCCCUCUGGGGUUGGCUUGGGAGCGGGUGAUGCUCCUGUCCCCCCCUGCCAGUGCCAGCACUGGGGGGCAAAGGGGAGAGCUGUUGUCUGGGAAUUCUGCCACCGAACUGGGGGGAAGCUGCCCCUUGGGUGGGGUGAGCCCCAGGGUGGGCUAUUGCUGCCUGCAUGGCUGUGAGCUCCACUGCCAUGCCUUCAAAAUGGCUUGUAACAGCACCACUUCCUGUCCAGGGAGGAAGUAAUUUUAGCCCAGGCACUGAAAUAUUUAGCAAAUCUUUAAAACAAAAGGCACAAAUUCCAUUUCUUUCUGGCUUCCAAAGGGUGCCUGAGCCACAUGGGGUUAAGGUGCCCCUUGAGCUGGGGUAGUUGGAAGGAGCCAGGGCUGUGGGGUAGCAGGCACCCUUUAGGUGGAGGCUCUCUCUUUUUUUGGUAGAAAUGAAGGGGUGGGUCUAUGGUACAUCACCUGAGUUGUGGGGUAAAUGUAGAGAGUGUCAAUCAAAGGCAGAGCUCAGAGCUGGGAAGGAGCUCUAGAUGGCGGCUGUGCCUUAGAGAGAGCGCGCUCAGCUCCGUGCCUUCCCCAACACUUUACGCAACUUUCCCUAACUUUCAGGCAGCCUCAGGGGGCCCCCACAGCCCCUUGCCUCUCCUAGGCACUAAUCGGGGGCCGAGCGGACCUUUUUCGGGCAGAAAAGCAGCUUUUGAGGGCUCCCUUUUCGUGCCUUGCUGGAAAGAAGAAGCCGUGGAGAGAGCCCAGGUCGUUGUUUUUCCAGCUUAGAAGCCAUGGCGUACCUCCAUUUUUGUGCGCUCUCCUAAUGAGCUUUUUCCCCCGGACAUUUUUGUACUAAUUACCGCUUCUUUUGCUUUAUCGGCAGCAUAUUUUUGGGAUUAGAAUAUAUAUUUUUCUUUCAUUUUCUGAAAUUUGUAUUUUAUCGGUAUAAUUCUAAAUAUUUUGGAUCUAAUGUUUUUCCACUACCCGAAACUAAUAUCGACUUGGUCCUGGCGGCAGUGCAUGGAUCAGGUAGGUGAGCAAUUAAUAAUAAUAAUUUUUAGAUUUCUGCCGUUUUGACUACUUUGAUUUUCGACCGAUUUGUGCUGUAUUGGGAUGACGCAAUAAGAUACAGAGAUUAUUUGCAUCCAGUGUUACUUUAGGAAAGUUUGCAGGAUGCUCCUCUCCUGUGUUUAUUCUCGGAUUUUUCUUGUAAAAAUGAUUAUUUGUUUUAAAUCUCCGGUUUGCCGUGUUGAUCAGUGCUGUGUAUUGUUAUAACAAUAUCAUUGCAGCGUCAGGACUUUGUUCCUGAUAAUGAAAGCCAGUGAAACGAACUGGGACCUUACCUUUCUUUCAACUUUUGACAGUAAAUACCUGGGCACAGGACUUCAAAGCAAACAGACACCCCUGACCCCCUUUUAAUAUUUAAGAAUAAAAAGAUGAUGAGAAAUAAGGACAAAAGCCAAGGAGAGGAGGGUUCAGUCCACAGCAAUGCAUCGAGUCACUCGGCAUCCGAAGAAGCCUCUGGCUCUGACUCUGCAAGCCAGUCUGAAAGUGAGCAGGGCAGCGAGUCAAACAGCAGCUCCGAGUCCUCUGAGAGUCAGUCUGAAUCUGAAAGUGAAUCAACGGGUUCCAAAUCCCAGCAGACCCCUCCUGAAACCAAAGAAAAACCAGCCUCUAAGAAGGAAAGGAUAGCAGAUGUUAAAAAGAUGUGGGAAGAAUAUCCUGAUGUUUAUGGGGUUAGGAGGUCAAACCGAAGCAGACAAGAACCGUCACGAUUUAAUAUAAAAGAUGAGGCAAGUAGCGAAUCUGAAAACGAGAGCCCAAAAAGAAGACGCCAGAAGCAGUUGAAAAGAAAAAUUAAAUGGAAAAGAGAGGUCUCUGCUGGAGAAGAAGAUGAAGAUGGAGGGGAGCAAGGCACCAGUGGAGAGAGUGAGCCUGAACCCAAGAAAGUUAAAGCAAGAAGACCUGUCCAAAGGAGAACAGUGGCCAAAACUGGUGUUAAAAAGCCCCACAAAAUCCAGCGUGGGAAGAGGAAGAAACCAGACUCAUCUGAAGAUGACGAUGACGAUGAAGACGAUGAGACCCCUAAGAGACAAACUCGGCGAAGAGCAGCCAAAAAUGUCAGCUACAAAGAGGAUGAUGAUUUUGAGACGGAUUCUGAUGACCUGAUAGAGAUGACUGGGGAAGGAGCUGAUGAACAACAAGACAACAGUGAAACUAUUGAGAAAGUCUUGGACAUCAGGCUUGGAAAAAAGGGAGCCAUUGGAGCUUCCACCACGGUGUAUGUGACCGAGGCCAACGGCAACCCCAGCGCCGACUUCGACCCCGAGAAGGAUGAGGGGGAAGUUCAGUACCUGAUCAAAUGGAAAGGCUGGUCAUACAUCCACAGCACGUGGGAGAGCGAGGAGUCCUUGCAGCAGCAGAAAGUGAAGGGCCUGAAAAAGCUAGAAAACUUCAAGAAAAAAGAGGAGGAGAUCAAGCAAUGGCUGGGCAAGGUAUCACCUGAAGAUGUAGAAUAUUUCAACUGCCAACAAGAACUGGCUUCAGAGCUGAACAAACAGUAUCAAAUAGUGGAGAGGGUAAUUGCUGUGAAGACCAGCAAGUCUGCCACAGGACAUUCAGAUUUCCCAGCAAACAGUCGCAAAACAUCCUCGAAUGACCCCGAAUACCUGUGUAAGUGGAUGGGGCUGCCCUAUGCCGAGUGCAGCUGGGAAGAUGAGGCUCUGAUCAGCAAGAAAUUUCAGCACUGCAUUGACAGCUUCAACAGCCGUAACAACUCCAAGACCAUUCCCACCCGGGACUGCAAGGUGUUGAAGCAGAGGCCGAGGUUUGUUGCCUUGAAGAAGCAGCCCUCGUACAUUGGUGGGGAGAACCUGGAGCUGCGGGAUUACCAGCUGGAGGGCCUCAACUGGCUGGCUCACUCCUGGUGCAAGAACAACAGCGUGAUCCUGGCUGAUGAAAUGGGACUGGGCAAGACAAUUCAGACAAUAUCAUUCCUGUCAUACCUGUUCCACCAGCACCAGCUGUACGGCCCUUUCCUGGUGGUGGUGCCCCUGUCCACCCUCACCUCCUGGCAGAGGGAGUUUGAAGUGUGGGCGCCCGAGAUAAACGUGGUGGUUUACAUUGGAGACCUCAUGAGCAGGAACAUGAUCCGUGAGUAUGAGUGGAUCCAUUCUCAGUCCAAAAGAUUGAAAUUCAAUGCACUUAUCACAACGUAUGAGAUCCUCCUGAAGGAUAAGACUGUUUUGGGAAGCAUUAACUGGGCCUUUCUAGGCGUGGAUGAAGCCCAUCGGUUGAAAAAUGAUGACUCCUUGCUGUACAAAACAUUGAUUGAUUUCAAGUCCAACCACAGGCUGCUGAUCACUGGCACCCCGCUCCAAAACUCACUCAAGGAGCUCUGGUCCCUGCUGCACUUCAUCAUGCCAGAGAAGUUUGAGUUCUGGGAGGAUUUUGAGGAGGAUCACGGGAAAGGUAGAGAGAAUGGCUACCAGAGCCUUCAUAAAGUCCUGGAGCCGUUUCUCCUGCGCAGAGUAAAGAAGGAUGUGGAGAAAUCUUUGCCAGCCAAAGUGGAGCAGAUCCUCCGGGUGGAGAUGUCUGCUCUGCAGAAGCAGUAUUACAAGUGGAUUUUGACAAGAAACUACAAAGCUCUUUCAAAGGGAACAAGGGGAAGCACAUCUGGUUUUCUGAAUAUUGUGAUGGAAUUGAAAAAGUGCUGCAACCAUUGCUACCUUAUCAAGCCUCCCGAGGAAAAUGAGAGAGAGAAUGGCCUUGAGACCCUGCAGUCUUUGAUCAGGAGCAGUGGAAAGCUGAUUCUCCUGGACAAGCUGCUGACCAGGCUGCGGGAGAGAGGCAACAGAGUGCUGAUCUUCUCCCAGAUGGUGAGGAUGCUGGACAUCUUGGCAGAGUACCUGACUAUCAAACACUACCCUUUUCAGCGCUUGGACGGCUCGAUCAAGGGGGAGAUCCGAAAGCAGGCGCUGGAUCACUUCAACGCCGACGGCUCCGAGGACUUCUGUUUCUUGUUGUCAACACGAGCUGGAGGGCUGGGAAUUAAUUUGGCCUCUGCUGACACUGUUGUUAUCUUUGACUCGGACUGGAACCCCCAAAAUGAUCUUCAGGCUCAGGCCCGAGCUCAUCGGAUUGGACAAAAGAAGCAGGUGAAUAUUUACCGCCUGGUCACAAAGGGGACAGUGGAGGAGGAGAUCAUUGAGAGAGCCAAGAAGAAAAUGGUGCUGGAUCAUUUGGUUAUCCAGCGUAUGGACACCACUGGCCGGACUGUUCUGGACAACAACUCUGGGAGAUCCAACUCAAAUCCCUUCAACAAAGAGGAGCUGACAGCUAUUUUGAAGUUUGGAGCUGAAGAUCUUUUCAAGGAGCUUGAAGGGGAAGAGUCAGAGCCUCAGGAGAUGGACAUCGAUGAGAUCCUGCGCCUGGCCGAAACACGGGAGAAUGAGGUGUCCACCAGUGCCACCGACGAGCUGCUCUCCCAGUUCAAGGUUGCCAACUUUGCAACCAUGGAGGAGGAAGAGACAGAGCUGGAUGAGCGGUCCCAGAAGGACUGGGAUGAUAUCAUUCCAGAAGAGCAGAGGAAAAAGGUGGAGGAGGAAGAAAGGCAGAAAGAACUGGAGGAAAUCUACAUGCUGCCUCGAAUCCGGAGCUCAACUAAAAAGGCUCAGACAAAUGACAGUGAAUCUGAUGCAGAGACCAAGAGAAGGCUUCAGAGAUCGUCUGGAUCAGAGAGCGAGACUGACGACACCGACGACGAGAAGAGACCGAAGCGCAGGGGACGCCCUCGGAGUGUUAGAAAAGACACUGUGGAAGGAUUUACUGAUGCUGAAAUCAGGAGGUUUAUCAAGGCUUACAAGAAGUUUGGAUUGCCUCUUGAACGGCUGGAGUGCAUUGCCAGGGAUGCUGAGCUGGUGGAUAAAUCUGUGGCCGACUUGAAGCGUUUGGGGGAGCUCAUCCACAACAGCUGUGUGUCAGCAAUGCAGGAAUAUGAGGAGCAGCUGAAGGAAAAUCCAGCAGAAGGGAAAGGACCUGGAAAGAGACGAGGUCCUACCAUCAAGAUUUCUGGUGUCCAAGUCAAUGUGAAAUCCAUCAUCCAGCAUGAAGAGGAGUUUGAAAUGCUGCACAAAUCCAUUCCCUCGGACCCAGAGGAAAGGAAGAAGUACCGCCUGACGUGCCGUGUCAAAGCUGCUCAUUUUGAUGUAGACUGGGGAGUGGAGGAGGAUUCUCGCUUGUUAGUGGGAAUUUACGAGCAUGGUUAUGGAAACUGGGAGCUAAUUAAAACAGAUCCGGAGUUGAAGUUAUCUGAUAAGAUCCUACCUGUUGAGACAGAUAAGAAACCUCAGGGAAAACAGCUCCAGACUCGAGUUGAUUAUCUACUGAAGCUGCUGAAAAAAGAUCUGGACAAGAAAGAAAACAUGAAAGAUGGGGAAGAGGGCAAGCUAAAGAAGAGGAAACCACGAGUAAAGAAAGAGAACAAGGCCCCCAAAGUCAAAGAUGAGCAUGGGAACGAACUCUCCUCUCCUCGGCACUCAGACAACCAGUCAGAAGAAGGUGAAGUCAAGGAGGAUGGCUUGGACAAGAGCCCAGUGAAAAAGAAACAGAAGAAGAAAGAGAACAAAGAGAACAAGGAAAAACAGACAUCCUCUAAGAAAGAAAAGGAAAGCGAUAAAGAGAAAAAGAAGACAAAAGACAAGAAAGAGAAGCCCAAAGGUGGCGAGGCCAAAUCUGGAAAUAAAGGGAAGAGAUCGCAAGGUCCCGUCCACAUCACUGCAGGGAGCGAGCCCAUCCCCAUUGGAGAAGAUGAGGAUGAUGAUCUGGACCAAGAAACGUUCAGCAUAUGCAAGGAAAGGAUGAGACCAGUCAAAAAAGCACUGAAGCAACUUGAUAAGCCUGAUAAGGGACUGACAGUUCAAGAGCAGCUGGAGCACACACGCAACUGCCUCCUGAAAAUCGGUGAUCGCAUCUCUGAGUGCCUUAAAGCCUACACUGACCAGGAUCACAUCAAGCUGUGGAGAAGGAACCUAUGGAUAUUUGUGUCAAAAUUCACAGAAUUUGAUGCCAGAAAACUACACAAACUCUACAAGAUGGCUCAUAAGAAAAGAUCACAGGAAGAGGAGGAGCAGAAGAAGAAGGAGGACAUGUCCAGCAUGAAGAAGCCGUUCCGCCCGGAGCCGUCGGGCUCCAGCCGCGAUUCCGUGAUGUCCCAGUCUCACGUGCCUCACAAUCCUCACUCCCAGAAGAUGCACAUGCCCCCUGCCCACACCCAGCAGCAGAUGCACGGCCACCCACGGGACAACUACGGCCACCCAAACAAGAGACAUUUCAGCAACACAGACCGAGGAGACUGGCAGAGGGAUCGGAAGUUCAACUACGGCGGCAACAGCAACCAGAUGUGGGGCGGGGAGCGGCACCACCAGUACGAGCAGCACUGGUACAAGGACCACCACUACGGGGAGCGGCGGUCGCGGGGGGACCCCCACCGCAGCUCCGGCAACUACAGACCAAACAACCUGUCCCGCAAGAGGCCCUACGAGCAGUACAACAGCGACCGGGACCACCGCGGCCACCGCGACUACUACGACAGGCACCACCACGAUUCCAAACGCCGACGGUCCGACGACUUCAGGCCUCAGAACUACCACCAGCAGGAUUUCCGGAGGAUGUCUGACCACAGGCCGCCCAUGGGAUACCAUGGCCAGGGACCUUCGGACCACUACCGGUCCUUCCACACAGACAAACUGGGAGAUUACAAACAGCCCCUCCCUCCAGCCCACCCUGCCGUGUCGGACCCUCGCUCGCCCCCCUCUCAGAAAUCUCCCCACGAUUCCAAGUCACCUCUUGAUCACAGGUCACCUCUGGAUAGGUCAUUGGAACAGAAAAACAAUCCAGAUUAUAACUGGAACAUUCGGAAAGCGUAAGGUGACUGAGAGGGGGAGGCGCACGUCUGAAAUACUGGGACUGACGCGACGGUGGCUGCUUUCUCCAAGCCAGCAACGAGAAACUCUGAACAUGCUGCUAUCAUCUGGCUGGGUCAAGGAGGAUUUUGGGGGAGUGGGUGGAGGAAGAUUUUCCCUAGUUCUUGAUUCUGGUUUAGAUUCCCAUUUCCGUUCCCCUUUUUUACCAUUGAACUGUUCUGUCACGGAACCAGCCUUGCUGCCUCAUUCUUUGUUUUGUUUUUGUUUUCCUCAGUCCAAUGGACCCAAGGGAGUUUUCCCCAGCCAGUGUUUCCUCAGAAGGAGAAGGUAGAUCGAUGCUGUUUACGAUGGUGCAGAAGGCUGUGUGCCUGCUCUGACUUGAUGUUAUGUGACAGAUGCUGCUUUGGGGUUGGGGAUAAACUGGUUGGGCUGGGAUUUGUGUGUCACCAGCAUGGGGCAGUGGGGGGAUAUAUUCAAGGAGGGACAGGAAAGUCCCUCAGCAGCCAAACUUGGUUGGAAGAGGGACUUGAUGUCCCUGCAGAAUGACUCCAAGGGAGCUGGACCCAUGCUGGUGACAAUCCGUCACUUUCCUGGCCAUGUUAUCAUUUCCAUGUCUUUAUUCAUUUCAAGAAACUGGCUCUGCUUUGAUUGCUCUUGUGUUCCCUGCAACAGAAGAGGUGAAGGGAUCUUUCUCCCUUCUCCAGAGCUGGAACUGGCAAAUCUUAACUCUGGGGGUAAGCAGGAGCUGGGUUAUGGGAAAAAGAGGCCCACAUCCUUAGCAAAGGCUUAGUUCACUUCUAGCCAGCAGGAAAGAAAUCGGGGUGAGAACAGUAUUUCCCAGUGGUCAGGGCUCAGGAAUUUGUAACAAAAGCUCUUCUCUUCCAGCAUGGGCAGCCUGGGUGGUCCAGGAAGUAACAGGUUGGUUAGGAGGUGCAAGAUCAAAAGAUGGCUCUGGGGAUCCUGGAACUCCUAAUCUUCCUGCCACGAAAGUCUCUGGUCUUUGGGCAAAUCACUUCUCUCUGUGCUUCACAAAGCAGUGAUCACAAACCUUUACUGUAACUGAAGGAUAACAGAUGGUAGAACAAAGUGAAAUAGGAAUCCAGUGGAGUGAUCACUGCUCAGGGAAUGGUCACCUUCCUGCCACCUUUCCAGCAGUCAGCAGUGACUCUGAAUUGCUAAAAGUAUCUGCACUUACAGACCUUUUGUUUGUCUAAAUUGGAAAUGAACCUGAGGAUUUAGCACCUCAGUGAGCAGGGAGAAAAUGAGGAAUUCAGGACUGAUCCAUAAAGAUCCUUGGAGCAAAUGUCUUAGAGCCCAGCAUGGCAGAGGGAAAAGAGGAAUAUGCAAACCAGCAUUUGGCCUGGACACUGGUGUGGUGAGAGGGGUUGGUUGUGCACAUACUGCUGGCCACAAGCACCUUGGGUGAUUAUUUUUUUCAGGCUGGGGUUCCCUGUAGACCACAAAGCUCUCCCAAGAGCCAGGCUGCCCUAGCAUGGUGUAUGGGGCUGUAUCACCACCCAGAGCUCAGUAUUAAAGACCAGGCUGUUCCAGGCUCCUUGGUGGGGCACAGAAGCUGGGCCUCCUGUUAAGAUGCCAGUAUUUGACCCUAAUAAGCUGUGAUGUCCCUUCCCCAAAAGACUGAGGACAGAUGGGUGUUCAGGGCUGGCUUCCUGACUCCAGCCAGUGCCUUGGAAGGCGCAUGCAAACUGACACUAAUACUCCUCCAUGCAGUGUAUCCCUGGAAAUCUGCUGCCAUCACUCCUCCUGAUCCCGCUGCUCUAACGGGACACACGGGAAGUGUUUGUACCCCUUUUGUUUUCAUGUUGCAAGAUUUCCACCAAAUUCAGGGCAGUUUUGUUUCCUUAGGGGCACUUGCUGCCCUGAUAAAGUGUUACACUUGUGUUUACCUGUGCAGGGCGAGGUGAAGGCAAGUCUUCCACAGUCCCCUUGGAGGGUGGGAGGUGUGGAGGGAGCACCUUUCCAUGGCGUUUCCCACUAAGCUGUGAUUGCAGGCUGUGGUAUUCAGCAAAGAGGUCCUUUCUUUUCAGAGGUAUUAGCUUAAAAUGUGAAAAUGGAAGCAGCCUUGGAGGGGCAAAGGGAAUUGCUCUUUUUGUCACGGUGGGAAGUUUGUGCCAUACUCAUGUAGCUAAGGCAAUACUGGCCAACCAGUGUUAGGGUUGGUGCAGGAAAACUUUGGAUCCCAGCAAGAGGCAUUUUCUGUAUGGAAAUGUGGGGGUUUCUGCUUAUCCCGGGUUGGUUGGGAUUUCCUUCUUGUGCAACAGCAAAAGCUUUACCCAUAUCCACUGGAGAGCUGUCCCCAUUGUCACUUUAGCCCGAUGUUGAAGUCACAUCACGUCCACUCAUGGUGGGUGGGUCUUUGCUGGGUUUGGCUUUAGUGAAGCUGGAGGAGAUUUGGGAGAAAGUCUUCCCUGAGUAUGCACACACAUUUAUGCAUUGAUGUCCCCUCAGCAUAGGGACCAUAACCAAACACAAUCCAAUAAACAAUAACAACCAAUCCAUAAACCAAACAUGGGGACGUGAGUGGGAUCAGAGGGGACACAUCCACAGCCAUAAACUCCCCUGUGGUGUUUGUGUCAGGAUCAGGUACAGCUCUUCCUUCUGAACCAGCUGUGGGAUUCCCUCCAGCCUCUUCACAGGCAAAAGCAGUAACUUGCUCUGGGGUUCAAUUAAAAAAAAAAAAAAAAAAGAAAAAAAGAAAAAAGAGUUUUUCAGCUUGACCUCUUUGGAAAUGGUGUAAAGUUAUGAGUUCACAUGGUGGAAAUCCUGCAGACCAAAACCUGCUGUGGGGACUGGCAAUGUGGUCCCAACCAAAACGGACACAGAACCGAGUGCUGAAGUCCUUGUGUGAAUGGUUUGUGAUCCACACAAAAAUAUUAUUCUGCUUUCACCCGUUUCCUCCCCACCUCUGCCUCCCCUCUGGGGAGAGAAGGACUCUUACUGUAAAAAGACAGACUUUUAAACCUCUUGACUAAAACAGUAAUUAAUAUUAAUUUAUAUUUGUGAAAGAAAUGCCACUGUCCUAGUGAUUUCUGAUGUAAAUAUGUUGUUUAUAUAGUAUGUAUGAAAUUUUCCUACAUUGUAAAACUGCUGUACUUUUGAUUCUUGUAUAUUAAAAAGUGUUACUGAGAUUUUCAGAA